AGACAGCAGUCGCUCCUCGUUCGUAGUUGGGCCCAAGUUUCAUCUUCCAAAAAAUGGCACAAGUUAGCGGAAUAACCGGAAGACUGACCAUCAUUCUACUCGUGUCAUUUUACUUGAACAGCUGUCAUGGACUUAAGCAAAGGCGUCAGACACCAGAGGGAGACGAAACCUUCCGCUUCUGCGGAAACGAGCAUUUUCCUGGCCUUUGCUUCACUGCAGAGAAAGCCGCCAAGCACAACUGUCUCUCGCUAGAAGAAGAUUUCAAUUGCCCGGAUGAGACUCUCUGCUGUAAUCUGCCCGGAGGAAAGUCUUCCCAGGAAGACGAAAGAGAGGCAGCUGAGACGUUGCUUGCUAAGCGUUCCCUCACGGAAGACGACACUGACUUUGACCCUGAAGAAGAAAGUGAUGAAAAUCUGGAGACGAGGGUUAGAAGGGAAGACGUGGAGGAGAAAGACCCGAACAAGAUCUCGAAAAAACCCGGAAGUAGAAAUGGAGACAGAGCUCCCAUGUCUCAGGAUGGGAGAAAACGAGGGGAGGCCGGUACAGACAGUCAGAGUGGCAGAAGGGACAAUGCGAAUCAGGGCAAAGGAAGGAAUGGCCCUAGAAAAGCUGCCAACACAAACGACGCUGGAUCACCAUCAGCAAAGGAUAACAAAGACUCGAAGAAGGUGUCUGUCAAACAACAGACCUGCAAGAUGACCAAGAUAUGCAAGAGGAGGAGCGGCACUUGCAGGACGAAAUGCCUCUCUGGCGAGACAGCGAAGGGCAAAUGCAGAGGGAAGGGCUGCAUGUGUUGCAUCACAGCCGCAAGCUGUACUCAGACGUCGCAGUGUAGUGGAGUGUGUGUUGCGAAAAAAAAAGACUGCAGCGGUAUCUAUAAAAAAAGGUCUGGAUGUAAUGGAUCCCGAAACUGUGGCUGCUGCAUAAGUUGCACAUCUACUGCCCAGUGUAAGAAGGCUAAAGGCAAAUGCGCCGCUAAAUGCAAGAAGAGUGAGAGGGAGGUCCCCAGUGGGUGUACCGGAGAUGCUUCCUGCCUCUGUUGCGGGAAAAAGUGCCAGCCUAAACCUGGAUGCACAGCCGCGGGCGGAACUUGUGUUGAGAAGGAGGCGGACUGUGCUGGAAUAUUCCAGCUAAAUGGCUGCAAGUUCGGUUGCCAUUGUUGUGCUCCCAGUAAGUAGAGCAAAGCAGGUUCAAGUAAACAUA